AUGACAAAUAUAGAUAUUAAAAGUCGUUUUUAUCUAUUACAACUUGAAGUUGCACACGGUUCGGAUCGAUAUGAUAUUCAUAUUCAUAUGGAACGACCACCUUUGGUUCUCGAUCUUAUGCAAGAGAUAGAAAACAAAGCCAGAGUUCCUAUUAUGAAUCAACAAUUACUCUAUCGUGGGACACGUUUGCAUCAAACGCCCGAUAAACCAUUGGAAGGCUUUGGUUUAUUUAAUGGAAAUCGUAUUAUUUUAGUUGGAGAAAAAUUAGCUGGUUUAGAAGAUGAACAUUUUAGACGUUUAUUAACUAUAGAAAAAAAUGCUAAAAUAAUUAAUGAUGUAAUUGGAGUUGUUUGUCGUGAUUUUGAAAAUUUAAAAAAAAGUCAACAACCACGAGAUCAAUGUACACAAUUACUUGAAGAUUUACAAGCCCAUAGUGAACGUUGUCGUUUCGAUUUGAAAACAUUUCAAUCGCUUGCUAAUGACUUGAAAGUUGAUUCAUCAGAAUAUGACGCUUAUAGAAAAAAAGAUCAAGUCGUUAGAUUGAUUCGAGAUCGCCUAGACAUUUUAUCAAAUAUUAUUUCUGCUAUAUCGUCAUAUCAAUAG